GAAGCCGUAACUUCUCGAGAUUUAGAGGACAAUAUACCGUCUACUUCUUUCUCAUUCUCUCGCUCAGCUGCUGCUAAUUUACAUGCUAUAGAAGAAAUGUUUUCUUCGAAUCAUUCAACUAGUGAACGACAUCCCUUACUUAGCAAUAAAAACAAUGGUCCCUAUAACUUAUUUGGGAGGCCAUAUGGUGGUUCAAUGAAUCAGUCCACUUCGUCUAAUCAAUACAUGACGUUCCCUUUACCACGCGAAUCAUAUACAAACAAUUACGAAUUUGUUUAUGAAGUAUCACAAGGUGGUGUUGUAUCGUGUGAUCCACAACUAAGCAGAGACUCUGAUUCAUUAUACAGAUUUUUUAACGAGCAUAAUGACAAACCUGAAAUGGCUAUUAUAAUUUAUGGAUAUCAUACGCGGAAAGGCGGUAAUAACAGGAAGAAUACUGAAAUAACGGAUUUUAGAUUCACUUUAGAUUUAACAGAAUUCGUAUCGUCUGUCGGAGAAAUGCGUGCUUAUUCAAAUGAAAACAGACCGGAUAUGAGUUUCAUGGAAGUCAUGGAAGAUUAUGUUCAUCGGGAUAAGAAUGGUUUCAGAGGAAUAGGAGGAUUAUUGUUGCGAAUGUUAAGUGGCUUUGAUGAAAAAUAUGAAUACAGGGGACGAGAUUCUGAGUGUGAUGAU